CUAUAAAAGCCGCUGUCGAUGCGAGUUAAUUGUACAGAUUAUUUUGAUCAUCAAAACAGUCAACAACCUCUGUAAUAAUUUCAUCAUGACUUUUAAGAUUUUUAGCAUCUUGGCUUUGGUCGCCCUGGUUUUCUCUGUAACUGCAACGACCGAUCCUGUUGACGAGCACGCUGUUGAAAUGGAAAUGUUGAAGAUGCGCGCCGCGGAAAUGGACAUUCGAGUUCAACAGGUGAAAGCGAUGGAGGACAACUUGCGCAAGCGACAAGAGGAGCUCGAUCAACACACCCACCAACUGCAAGCCGAACACCAGAAGAAACUUCAAGAACUUGAAGCUUUACAUGAAGAUAAGAUUAAAGCCCUUGGCAAGGUACUUGAAUUCGUCGAGAAAGAUAAACAUGUCAAGAAAACUGACAGUGUCAAGAAAACGGAAAAAGAAGCCGAGCCGGAAGUGGAGGAUCAUGUACACGCUUAGGUUCUAGCUGCGUCAUUAUAGACAAUCGUUGCCGACUUUGGCAAAAAGUCUAUUUCAUUUCCUAUUAUGUUGAUUGUAUUGCUUUUUAACUUUUGAUUUUAAUACAAAUUACACUGCUGCA